UGCAGGUCUCUGCUCGCAGAAACUUGGUGAACAAGGGAACAGCCAGCCGCCCUCUCGCUGCUCUCCUCUGCAUCAGCCUCUCUGCUCCGCCCCUCCCCCGGCCCCCAGGCAGGGAAUCGCGGAGCAAAAGACGUCGACUGAGCCAUGGCGACUCCCUCUGCCGCCUUUGAGGCCCUCAUGAAAGGAGUGACAAGUUGGGAUCUCCCUGAAGAUGCCACUCCCUCUGAACUGCUGCUCAUUGGGGAAUCCUCCUUCCCAGUGAUGCUCAAUGACAUAGGUCAGGUGCUCAUCGCCGCCUCCUCCUACGGCCGAGGCCGUCUGGUGGUCUUGUCCCAUGAGAACUACUUGGUAGAGGCCCAGCUCACUUCCUUCCUUUGCAAUGCUGUGGGCUGGCUCUGUUCUUCCCCUGGGACUCCCAUCGGUGUCCACCCUUCUCUGGCGCCUCUGGUCAAAAUCCUCGAGGGCUCUGGUUUGGAGGCCAAGAUUGAGUCUGAAGUGAAAGACUCCCUGGGGGUAUACUGCGUUGAUGCCUACAAUGAAAGUAUGACUGAGAAGCUGGUCCAGUUUGUGAAGCGGGGAGGGGGCCUGCUCAUUGGGGGCCAGGCCUGGGACUGGGCUAACCAGAAUGAAGAGGAAAGGGCACUGUUUUCAUUCCCCGGCAACCUGGUGACCAGCGUGGCUGGUGUGUACUUCACAGACAACAAAGGUGAUACAAGUUUCUUCAAAGUCUCUAAGAAGAUGCCCAAGAACCCAGUCUUAGUCAGCAGCUGCGAGGAUGACCUGGUGGAGGACCGGGAGGAGCUCCUGCUGGGCGUCUCUGAGCUGGACAUCACGCACUCGGACUGCUUCCCGUCGCAGCUGCUGGUGCACGGGGCGCUGGCCUUCCCGCUGGGCCUGGACUCCUACCACGGCUGCGUGGUGGCUGCUGCCCGCUACGGCCGUGGCCGGGUGGUGGUGACCGGCCACAAGUCCCUGCUGAGCUACAGCAAGCUCAGCCCUUUCAUCCUCAACGCGGUGCGCUGGCUGGACGCGGGCCGCAAGGGCCAGAUCCUGGUGCAGCCCGAGCUGCGCAACCUCACCAACCUGCUGUCAGCGGGGGGCAUCGACCUCACGCCGGGCACCCAGCUGACCGGGGACACCAGCGUCCUGUGCGUCGAUCCCCUCAUCGAGCUGGACGCCAAGGAGCUGCAGGAAUUCGUGGCCGAGGGCGGAGGCCUGUUCGUGGGCGCCCAGGCCUGGUGGUGGGCUUUCAAGAACCCGGGGGUGUCCCCCUUGGCUCGGUUCCCUGGAAACCUGCUCCUCAAUCCCUUUGGCAUCAGCAUCACCAGCCAGAGCCUCAACCCGGGUCCCUUCCGGACCCCCAAAACAGGCAUCAGGACCUACCACUUCCGAUCCACCCUGGCCGAGUUCCAGGUUAUCAUGGGCAGGAAGCGGGGCAACGUGGAGAAGGGUUGGCUGGCCAAGCUGGGCCCCGACGGGGCGGCCUUCUUGCAGAUCCCCGCCAAUGACAUCCCAGCCUACACAUCUGUGCACCGGCUGCUCAGGAAGCUGCUGAGUCGCUACCGCCUCCCCGUGGCCACCCGAGAGAACCCGGUCAUCAACGACUGCUGUCGGGGUGCCAUGCUCUCCCUGGCCACCGGCCUAGCCCACUCCGGCAGCGACCUCUCUCUCUUGGUCCCUGAAAUCGAAGACAUGUACAGCAGCACCUACCUGCGCCCCUCGGAGACCCCCAUCACCGUGGAAGUUAACUGUAACAAUCCAGGUACCAGGUAUUGCUGGAUGAGCACCGGGCUCUACAUCCCUGGGAGGCAGAUCAUCGAGGUCUCCCUGCCUGAAGAAGCCGCCUCUGCUGACUUGAAGGUCCAGAUUGGCUGUCACACGGAUGACCUGACCCGGGCCAGCAAGCUGUUCCGAGGCCCGCUGGUGAUUAACCGCAGCUGCUUGGACAAGCCCACCAAGUCCAUCACCUGUCUGUGGGGUGGCCUCCUCUAUAUCAUUGUGCCUCAGAGCAGCAAGCUGGGCUCUGUGCCCAUCACGGUGAAGGGGGCCGUGCGCUCCCCCUUCUACAAGCUGGGGGAGACAUCCCAGGAGGAGUGGAAGAAACGGCUCCAGGAGAACCCAGGUCCCUGGGGAGAACUGGCCACCGAGAACAUCAUCCUCACCUUGCCCAGUGCCAACCUCCGCACGCUGGAGAACCCAGAGCCGCUGCUCCGCCUCUGGGACGAGGUGAUGCAGGCCGUAGCACGCCUGGGGGCCGAGCCCUUUCCUCUGCGGCUGCCUCAGAGGAUCGUGGCCGACGUGCAGAUCUCAGUCGGCUGGAUGCACGCGGGGUACCCUAUCAUGUGCCACCUAGAGUCCGUGCAGGAGCUCAUCAACGAACGACUCAUCCGAACCAAGGGGCUGUGGGGCCCCGUGCACGAGCUGGGCCGCAACCAGCAGCGGCAGGAGUGGGAGUUCCCCCCGCACACCACCGAGGCCACCUGCAACCUGUGGUGCGUGUACGUGCACGAGACGGUGCUGGGCAUCCCUCGGAGCCGCGCCAACAUCGCCCUGUGGCCCCCGGUCCGGGAGAAGAGGGUUCGAAUCUACCUGAGCAAGGGUCCCAGUGUGAAGAAUUGGAAUGCGUGGACAGCGCUGGAAACGUACUUACAGCUCCAGGAGGCCUUUGGUUGGGAGCCAUUCAUCCGUCUCUUCACUGAGUACAGGAACCAGACCAACCUGCCCACAGACAACAUCAACAAAAUGAAUCUGUGGGUGAAAAUGUUCUCGCACCAAGUGCAGAAGAACCUAGUGCCAUUCUUCGAGGCCUGGGCCUGGCCCAUCCAGAAGGAAGUGGCCACCAGCCUGGCCUACCUGCCUGAGUGGAAGGAGAACAUUAUGAAGCUCUAUCUCCUCACACAGAUGCCCCACUGAAGUUGAAGUCAAGAAACAUAAAAGUGGAUGGACAACAUCUCUGCAAGGAAAAUGGAGGAAUUUGGUUAUAAGCAAAGAAGAUCUCAGCACAUUUCUGGAAGAGAGAGAAAGAGAGUGGGUGAAUCAUAAAAAAUAAAUGAAAAAAAAAAUCGAAGGCCCCUCCCAGAUAGGAUGUAAUGUGAUCUGGAGCAUGACCCCUAUGAGCCUCGGGCACCUGACAAGUCUAACAAAGAGACCUGCCCCUUGGAAAUGGCACCCAUCCUGCUCUGCCCCAACCCUUGUGCACAGAAUCCUGGCAGUAUAUACCGCUACCGGUGAAAAAAGCUGUUCAUGUGUUAUUCUUGUCAUUGUUGUUUGUAUAAGAGAUGUGAAUAAACUGCCUGAAGAGAGGUAAGAGUUUAUGCUCUGACAUAAAGUUUCUCUUCCUGUGGACAUAGCAAUCCCCUAGCUUAUUAGCUAGUUCUUUACUGGCAUGUGAGUCCCCAACUCAUGUAGCCAAGUGCUUCUAGUCUGAAAAGAGUUCUAUGAGAGGAACGGGCCUAACUCUAUUCUAUAACUACAGAAGAAACUCAGACUGCUAGAAUAAAAGUCAAUAAUUCUGUUGAUCCUUAAAUGCAAAUGGUCAACUGGGAAUUCUCAGAUAUAGAGCAGAGAGUGGGAAGAACCAGCAGAGAAUAACCAGUUACAAUCAAGAAAUAUUAAUAGUAACCCAAAGAGUUAGCAACAUAAAGAUCACAGAGAUCUGAGAUGUAUUUGUAAGAUCAAAACAAGAUGCUAUGGAGAAAGGAAAAAGAGAAUUAGACACAUGUUUUGCAAAUUAAACAUAGCUACCAGAAAUAUUCAGUAGGCUAGAAAGUAAAAUUGAAGUGGUCUCCCUACAGAUUACAGAGCAGAAUAGCAAGAAAUAGCAAAAAAGAGGAAGAGACACUCAAUAUCUAAGUACUAGGAGUUUCUGGAAGAGAGAGGGGGGAGGGGGAAGGGAAAUAACACUGGGGGAAAAAAAAGGACUGAAGAAGAAAAAGAACUAAGUCUCUAAUUGAGGAAUUACCACGCACCCUGCAGCUGAUAUCUUGUGACAUUUGUGAAGACCAGUGAUAGUAGGAAGGUAUCAAAAGUGCCCAGAGAGAGAAUCAAAGUAGUUCAUCAUAACUAUUAGCACAGAUAUAAAGGGGAGGAGAGCCAGCAAAUUUUUAAUCAGCAACAGUGAAUGCUAGAAGCAGUCCUGAAUUCCUACCAAGCCAAGCCAGGGAAAAGUCAAGUCAAAAUCAAUACAUCUUCUAGCAUGUACAACUAACUGCACGCUUAUUGAAGUUCUCCAGUCUUCUUU